CUGGAGCCCGCUUGGAAUGGUCCGAUCAAGUUGGUCGAAAGUGAGAGUACUCCCGUUGCUGUGGUUCCUGUUCCACGGGAUUCCCCUGCUGGCCAUUCGCUUGCAGCCCUGCGAAUUAGCUGGCCAACUCUACAUACUGGAUGUCCCGAAAUCGGAAUUACCCCUAUGGCUUUGUAUUGCCGAAUUCGAGAGCCGAUUCAACACGCACGUUGUGGGCCAGGCCAAUGCGGAUGGAUCCCGGGAUUACGGACUGUUCCAAAUCAGCGAUCGCUACUGGUGUGCGCCGCCAAAUCGAACGGAAUACUAUGCAUUCAACGAUUGCAAUGUGAAUUGCACUCACCUUCUGAGCGACGACAUCACCAUGGCCGUCCAGUGCGCCCGGCUCAUUCAGAAGCAACAGGGCUGGACGGCCUGGUCCGUUUAUCCGGAGUUCUGCAAUGGCACAUUGGAUGCCAUCGAUGUGUGUUUCCAGCCAGGAAACGCCACAGAAUCCAUGACCAGCGACGAGCUGGCAGAGGUCAAAGAUUGUUAGAGAUAGUCUGCCCAUUAGGUCAUCACUGCCGAAAUAUGAGAAUUUAUGUAUGCGAAAUUAAAAUCUUAAUUACCGUUU